AUGCACAAGUCUAAUAGCACAUUUCUUGUGGACCUUGAUACCAGUCGCGCCAAUCUACUAGCCCAACAACUUAUACCAGCGUGUCGGGCAGUGAAUGGCGCACGACUUAUUCUCGGUUCCGUCGAAACCACCUUCUAUCGCGAAAUUCUACCCUUUCAAGCCUACGAAACACGCUCGCGCAUUUUGACAUGGGAUAGUAAAUGGAUUUCGAUCGUUACCUAUCUAGUUCAACCGGGGACCGAUGUGGAGGAUGGGGCUGGCGGACUGUCGGACUUCCUUGGUCGUCAGCGUGAGAAAAAGACACUUUUUGCAGUGGCACUAUCUAGGUACGUUGCGAAGAAAGGGCGACGAACGGUGGCCCCAGAGGAUCUUCUGAACGCUGGAGGCUACAAGGGCGGGGCCGGUGAAAUUUUGAACAAGGCUCGGGCAAGAGAAAUGGAACAGUGGGCAAUGUGGCAGAAACUGUAG